AUGAGCCUGCCAGAUAAGCUGUUUUGGUAUCUCAGGUGCCGGGCAAGUAUAGACCCAAGAGCAGUUCAUGGCCUCUCUUGCAAGCUUGGUUGCCUGUGCUCCACCUUCUUCUGCAACGGCCUUCUCCAUGCCUACACUUGGCUAUCAAGUUCAGUGCCUGCUGAUGCUCGCAAGUUGCUCGACGAAAUCCCUCAACCAAAUGUCGCCACUUGGUCGACCGUGAUCUCUUGCUACGCCCGAGCCGGCGAUCUAAGACAUGCUGUGUCUUUGCUUAGAGAACUCCUGCAGGGAAGCAUUGGUGGAUGCGAGGGUGACAACUUUCUUCUUCCUCACGCAAGCAAUCUUGGUAACGUAAUUGCAGGCUGUGCUCGUGCCAAGGACCUAAAAGUCGGGCUGCAAAUGCAUUGCACUGCGAUCAAACUUGGAGUUGAAAACGAUACGUUUGUAGCAGGCACAUUGAUCGACAUGUAUGGCAAGUGUGGGAAGGUUGAUGAAUCAUUGAGAAUCUUCAAUCAGAUGUCUGAUGGGGAUGCAGUUACUUGGACCUCCAUCGUCACUUGUUUGGCUAAUAGCGGUGAGCUCAGGUUGUGGGAAACUGCACUUGGGAUCUUCAAGGACAUGAUAUGCAAGGGAAUAUGGCCUGUCAACAUGACAUUUGUUAGCCUGGUCAAGAUUCUUGACGAACCCAAAAGGCUUUGCCAAGCUAAGCAGGUGCAUGGCUGCAUGGUAAAGCUUGGGAUCAAGAUCGAUGAUCUGUUGGGAAGUGCUCUGAUUGCAAUGUAUGGAAGGUGUGGUGGUUUGGAUGAAGUGGUCAGACUUUCCGAUAGGGUGAACAUGGAUGUGGUGUCAUGGACUUCAUUGCUCGUUGCCUACAUGCAAAAUGGAUGUAACUUGGAUGCUGUCAAUGUCUUCCGCAAAAUGAUAGAGGAAAAGGUAGCGGUUGACUCCUUUACGAUUGCAAGCGUAAUUGGAGCUUGUUCAGCCAUGGAAGAACUGGAAGCAGGAGAAGAGAUACAUUGUUAUGCUCUAAGACAUGAUUUUUUGUCUGAUGUAUCACUUUGCAAUGCUCUGAUUACACUCUAUGGAAGAUGCAAUCAGAUCACAGAGGCAGAGAUAGUGUUUCAGCUGAUGAGAGACAAAGAUAUCAUAUCUUGGACUGCACUGUUGACUUGCUAUGGCCAGAACGGUUGUGGAGGACCAGCCAUACUCCUAUUCCGAGAAAUGCUUCAAGAUGGAAUUAAACCCCCUAUAUACUGUGUAUCCGGUGCCAUUCGGGCAUGUUCUGUAAUUGCAAGUCUUUCCAUGGGUGAGCAGAUACAUUGCAGGACUGUAAAGACCGGGAUUGAUGAUGACCUCUCUGUUGAGAACUCUCUUAUAACAAUGUAUGCAAAGUGUGGUCAUAUAGAACUUGCGUUGAGAUUCUUUGAUUCUAUGACUAAUAGAAAUGUUGUCUCUUGGAACGCCUUGAUCACAGGAUUUUCACAGCACGGUCAUGAGAGAGCAGCUUUAGAACUAUUUGGUCAGAUGCAGAAAGAAGGCAUCCAACCGGAUGACUACACUUUCAGUGGUGUCCUAGUUUCUUGCAGCCGAUUGGGUCUAGUCGAACAGGGCUGCCAAUAUUUCAGAGUCAUGAGCGCAGAAUAUGGCCUCAAGCCAAAGUUGGAGCAUUAUGCUUGCAUGGUUGAUUUAUUUGGUCGUGCCGGUAAGCUUUACGAAGCCAUGGAAUUCAUAAACAUAAUGCCAUUUGAGCCAGACCAGUUAAUUUGGGAAGCAUUGCUUGCAUCAUGCAAGAUCCAUGGAAAUAUAGAGUUAGUGAAAUUUGUGGCAAAGAAAAUAAUGCAGAUGAGACCAGGGGACCCUUCCCCUUAUAUUACCUUAUCGACUAUGUAUGCUUCCAUGAGUAUGUGGGACAGAAAGGCCUCUGUUCAAGCGAUAAUGAAGGAUGGAGGAAUGCAGAAGGAACCUGGAAGAAGUUGGAUUGAAGGCCAGGACUUACCUAAAGAUACAAUUUAUACAUUGCAAGUGGGAGGAGCUUGA